GUUGCUGUAGCCCCCAUCACCACACUGUGCCACGGGCCCCUGUACCGCCUUUCUCAUACUGCUGCCAGAUCCAUCCUCUGCCAUGUGUGUCUUUGUCGUCUGCUCACGCUGCUGCUGGGUUCCAGUUUUAAACCUAGGCCUGUAGGCCUGUGUUUGGCUUCCGAAUACUGCUGCAUCCACCGCCACCCUGCGCCAUGUGUCUCUGUCGUCUGCUCACGCUGCUGACGGCUUCCGCUUUUUAACCUAGGCCUGUGUAUGGCUUCCGAAUACUGCUGCCUCCACCGCCACCCUGCGCCAUGUGCCACUUUCAGGUCUCCUUACACUGUUGGUGGGUUCCAUUUUGUGA